AUGAAGCCUCAGCCUAAUACUAUUUUGAUAGACAAACUUUAUUGGAUCUCUGGAAGCAGACCCCCCACUAGCUCAUCAGAAGCUUACUACUUCAAUAUUGACAAUGAAUUAGUUUAUGAACCAUUUCACAAAGACUUUGGACCAUUAAGUCUCUCAAAAACACAUAAAUAUGUCAGGGAACUUGUCAGAUUGCUAACAGAUCCAUAAUACGCAGAUGUUAAGAUAUUUCAUUAUACUUCAAGCAAGUUCGACAAGCAAGCAAACAGCUGCUUCUUAAUGGGAGCAUUCAUGAUUAUAGUGUUAAGGUAAUCAGCUGAAGUAGCCUGGGAGCAUUUUAGUCCAUAUUAAUCCUAAAUCAUCCCGUUCAGAGAUGCAUCUUAUGGUGAUUGCCAGUAUGAAUGUACUAUUUUGCAUUGCUUAAAGGGACUUGAAUAUGCAAUCAAAUUGGGCUGGUAUCAAUUUAAGGACUUUGACCCAAAAGAGUAUGAUUACUAUGAGAAAGUUGAGAACGGAGAUUUAAAUUGGAUCAUCCCGAAUAAAUUCAUUGCUUUCAUGGGACCCAUUGAUCAGAAAAUUGAAAGAAGAGGUAACAGUCCGGAGGAUUAUCUAUAAGUAUUCAAGCAUUUCAAUGUGACUCAUGUCAUCAGAUUAAAUGAGGCUAAAUAUGAUAGAAUGAAAUUUGUCAAAGCUGGUAUUAAACACACUGACUUGUUCUUUAUUGAUGGUUCAACACCCCCUGAGAACAUUGUAUAAGAUUUCUUGAAACUAGUUGAGGCUGAAAAAGGCGUAACUGCUGUGCAUUGUAAAGCUGGUCUAGGCCGUACAGGAACCUUAAUAGGUUGCUACGCAAUGAAGCAUUUUAAAUUUCCAGCAGCAGCAUUUAUUGGCUGGAUAAGAAUCGCUCGUCCAGGUUCUAUUCUCGGGCCCCAAUAAUAUUACUUAAUUCAACAGGAAGCUCAAUAUAUCGGAUAUGUCAAUAGCUUAAGCAGAAUGGCAGCCCUUGGUGAGAUGUCUCCUGAAGAUAAAAGAAAAAGUAUUAAAGGCGAUAAAGGCCAAGGUGAUCUUUUGGUAAAGAAAAAGUUUUCCACUCCCUCCUAUCACGCUUAGAAAUCUAUGGGUUUAAUUCGAAGAUGA